CGACGCAGUGAGCGGUCCCUGAACGCGGCAGGAGUCCACCCUGGAGGAAGCCGCAGAUCUUCAUCUUCACACCCGCCGGACGCUGCGCUGAGCCCGGUCACUCCUCACGCUGCUGCCCGCUGUCACCCACCCACCCACACCGGGCCGACACACCGAGCUCCGGGGCCGGGCGGCUGGUCCUCUGCGCCGGGGUUUCCUCUCCAUCAGGACCGUGGGAGACAUGCGACGCCUGGGAGGAGGAGGAGGAGACGCACUGGUCCGGCAGCAGCAGACACCUGAGAGCCGCGUCUGACUUUGUUUCUGUGCCGUCAAACAGAGGUUGAUAUCGUGGUCAUCACUAUGACUGAUGGGGAUUAUGACUACCUGAUAAAACUCCUUGCCCUGGGGGACUCCGGCGUGGGGAAGACCACCUUCUUGUACCGAUACACAGACAACAAGUUCAACCCCAAGUUCAUCACCACAGUCGGCAUCGACUUCAGGGAAAAGAGAGUGGUGUACACGGCGUCCAACCCCAAUGGGACGAACACAGGGAAGACCUUCAAGGUUCACCUCCAGCUCUGGGACACGGCGGGACAGGAGAGGUUCCGCAGCCUGACGACGGCGUUCUUCAGAGACGCCAUGGGGUUCCUGCUGAUGUUCGACCUCACCAGCCAGCAGAGUUUCCUCAACGUCCGAAACUGGAUGAGUCAGUUACAGGCCAACGCCUACUGUGAGAACCCAGAUAUCGUGCUGGUGGGGAACAAGGCCGACCUCGCCGACCAGCGGGAGGUUCAGGAGAAACAGGCCAAAGAGCUGGCCGACAAAUACGGGAUCCCGUACUUUGAGACGAGCGCGGCCACGGGGGCGGAGGUGGACAAGGCGGUGAUCACGCUGCUGGACCUGGUCAUGAAGAGGAUGGAGCAGUGCGUCGACAAACCGCCCGCCGAGCCCGCCAACGGUAACGGGGCCACGAAGCUCAGCGAGGCAGCGCCCAACGAGAAGAAAUGUGCGUGUUAGGUCAAGAGGCGUUCGAGGAAACGACCUGUCGGCGCUCGUCCAUCGUCCUCGUCACGUUCCCUCCAUCGUUUACUUUCCUCCGUCAUGUUUGAUUGCAUGUUUCUUUGUCGUCUCUCUAAAACUAACCUUUAACCUUCUUCUUCUUCUUCUUCUUCUCUUGCUCUGUGAACUGUCGUCUCUCUGACAACAAAGCAACCCGACGCUGGGAUGAAAUUAAAACCGUCUAAUCACUGUCACACACAUAAUGUGCCUCGUUUGAAACAAGCAGCCGGAGAACUGAGCUCUGUACGUUCCCACCUUCACGGUUCACAGGUGGUUUGAACGAUUCAAAUGAGUUCAAACGGUCAAAACUUUAGUUUUUCCACUUGAAUCUGGUUCAUAGAGAGUUUCCUCUGGGACCAGGCUGAACACCUGAGUGACCGAUUCUUAGUUUUUCCCCAUUCGCACUGUGUUCGAUGCUGUACCCGUAUUUCCAGAAAUAAGCUGAAGUGUGUCUCUUAGCUUCUAUAGAUACGUUUAGGCUAAAAUAGCUAAUCCACAAUUAGCUGUCCAGAUUAUAUUUAUCUGAUAUUCACGUGACACAGAGACAAAGCAGAGGGAAGCUUUUGUAACCAAAGAAGUUUAGUUACAAAAGUUUACCUAACAAAACUUGAGUAAACACGACACACACUCCUUUGCUGUUUUUGUUGAACUGACAGACGAUUCUUUAGAAAUAGUUUUUAUUCAUGUUUCUACAUGUUGACGUAGCUAAUUCUCCAUUAGACGUCCAUGAUGUGUUGUGGCUGAAAACAGAUUUGCAGGUUGUUGAAACUUAUAUUUUUGGAUGGAUAUAGGUACAGCAUGGUUCAUGUGGAGUUCUGGGAAAAACCCUGCGUCGUAUUUUAUCAACAGAGCAUCACCGGCCAGGAUUCACGUAUUGUUCCGAGCGGAUCUACUGCCUUGGCUCUUAAAGCGUUAUUCCUCUGUGGAGCGACAGAAUUCAGCCAUCUUGUUUUCUCUGUGGCUCCAUCGUCACCAGACCUACGAACAUUUAACUGAAAACAAACCUGCAGCACAGUCUGAACGAUUUAACGUUACUUUACAGACAGGAAAACAUUUGAGGUAAUUAUAGCUUCAGAGAUAAAAGUUAAAUAACAGUUAGAUAAUCAUAUAUAAUAAAAUAAACUUCAGAUCCUCAGAGCAGCUGAACUUUCACCUCUUUUUCACGGAUAAUCACACAAAGUGAAAUUAGGCUUUAAGGCCCCACACAUGACCAAUGUUUUUAGAAUAUGACAAAACAUAGAAUAUUAAUUCAGUUGUCAUAUUUCACACUUUGUUCUUUUUCGUCGUCUUUUUCACGUCCAUCGAGAGCAAAUUAUCUCAACUGAAGCCGUCACGUUAUCCCCAAAAAUACAAAUUUGUUAACAAGACAUGUCUUAAAGAACUUUUUUUUGGGCUCAACACUUGAAGUUCUAACUUUUCGUCGUCGUAUUUUGUCGUGCGGCUCCAUCUUGUUUCUUGUUUUGUUGAACAACGAACCGUUUAACAGUCGGUGUGUAGAAACUUCUUGACGCCUGAGCUCAGUGGAAAUCGUUCGUCUUUAAGUAGCUAAAUAGAUGAAAAUUUACAGAAUUUAAAUGUCAAAAAAUCCGCUUUGGUUCCGAGAUGAUUUCUUUUGUUUCAAGUGCGACUCGACGAUUUUCCUCACGUCAAGUGAAACCUUGAUCUGCCUUACUUCAUGAACAAUCUUGAGCCAAGUUGAGUCGCACCGGAAACAACGGAAAUCUUCUGUUCUCAUUGUUGCUUUUCCACCUUUUUCGUUCUUUAACUUGUCGUCGUCUCACAGCUGGAAAACACUCAAAUCACUGCUGGUUGGUUUUUUCCACGUGAAAAACCAGAAUCUGCCAAACGGGUGAACGCUAACGUUUAUAGUGUUUGGUUAAUUAACGGCACGGUCGUCACUUCAUCGUUACGUAUGUUUAAUCUGUGCCAAACGAAAACGGGAAACGCCACAGAGGAGAAAUUAGUUUUUGACGAACCUCGUUCUGCUUUUCACUCCGAGUAAAAAAUCUGCCUUUCGGUUAAAACGUCUGUUUUUCCGUGUAUUGUUUUUUAUUUUUUAUUUUAAAGCCAAACAGAGUCAUUUUGCCAACAGCCGAUCUCGGUGCCAUACACAACACUAAUAAGUUUAUACGUGUUCAGACAGUGUCUCAGUCUCCACCAGUCAUUUAGCAGCAUUAUAACAAUAAUGUUCUCAGAAAUGAUCGUGUCUCUGUGGGUUUGUUGUACAGUUUCAUAAUUUAUGUUAUCAUGAUGUACAGGUUAUGUUUUUUUUUCUAUAGUCUAUGCAUUUCUAAACAUUUAACAGAGCACGUUUUGUUUUGCCUCAGUUUUCAUUCACUAAGUAAUUUGAGUUUAUUUAAGACCUGGAACGUUGUUAAAGCUACAAAACAAUUGGUCUGAAGGUUCCACUUUCCUCACCGGUUGAUAACGGUCGGCGGUUCGAUGCCGGGCAGGUGGAGUACAGCCAGAUUCUAUUUUCAGAAAACAUCUGCCCCCUGCUGGCGUGAUGAGACUGAACCAGACAGUUUUAAAAAAAAUGAUAAAACCAAGACGAUGAGCUGCAGGAGGUUAAAGCUGCGAGUUCACUCUGAGUGUAACCUUUAAAAAUACAAACUCCAUCCGUCAUUCAUAGAAAAAUACUUUAAAUAGGUUUUAAAAGUGUCAAUUUCAUUUUAUUUCAUUUUCACGUUUGUAAAUUGUUGAAAAAAUCUUCUUUUCUUUGUAAAAUGAACAGUUAAUAAGGAGGAAAUGAAAUUAGUUGCCUUUAAUGUCAUGUAGCCUAACGUGAGCACGAUGACUGACAACCCAUUAAAGGUAAUAAAACAUGUGUCGGCAAGAAACCGUUUACGCAACAGCUCAGAUCGAAUCAAGCAACUCGGCACAAACAACUCGAGCAUCGACAGAAUCUCUGAAUUGAUCGGCUUUGAUUUUCACAUUUAAAAAACGUCACAGUUCAAAUUCUCCAAAUGAAAAAGCUUUUCCAAACCGACGCCUUUUCGAUCGUGACAAUCGUCUGAACCAAGUCGUCAGCUUCUAUCUGAUGCGUCUGAUGCUCGUCACCUUUAUUUAAAUCACGUUGUCUCUUCUGCAGCAUCGAGUGUCUUUCACGUUUUUUCUCGAAGCGUCUCGUUCAUCAACCUCAUUUUUGAAUUCACUUGGAAAGUUUACACAGUCUGAAGAGUCAUGUCGUGCCUGUUAGUAACUGAUCCUCUGUUACGUCUGUGAGCUACUGAAUAUUUUAAUGCGUUAUUGAUUAUAGAUUACAAACCAGAGGAGAGCAGAAGUCCGGAUGUUGUUUCUGUGCCCGAUAUAUCAAGACAACUAAUUAAUCCAAGUACCUCUAAGAGCUUUUAUUUUUGGAAAUUCUCUGUGUGUGAAUUCUCUCUGAUGCCUGCGGUUUGUACACGUUUGUUCCGUUGUCACCGUGCGUAUUGAUGCCUGUGUGUGUUUGUUGGGUUUGUUGCACCGUCAGCAUGUUCGACACCAUGAGAAAGGAAUGACCUGUGAUGUGUUUCGUGUUUCUGAUGUCUGAGCUGCAAAUAAAUCUCUGUGGUUGUUUUUA